AAAAAAACCAAUCAAACAAAUUUAUUUAUUUAAUUAUUAAUGGUUAUAUUCGCGUUCGUUUGUUGACUUAUUUUAUUUCUUUAUUUUAAAAUUGCGCCACGACAUGGAUGAAUCUAAAAUUACAAUUUUGACUAACAGCGAAAACAUUGAAGAGUUAUCACAAAUAUUGAGUGAAUUUCUUACAUGUAAUGGAAAUGAUUUUUCUUUUCCGCAUCUAUGUGAGAACAAUAGACGUGUGAUACUGUGGACUGCAUUGUUUCAACAUCUUCAAAAACCAACAUCAGCAGCUGUCCACGCUAUAUGUUUGGCUACUAUUAGAGUGCUCAGCCGUGACAAAUCUGAUUUAGAAAAUUUACUAUGUGAGAAAUGGAUAACGGUUCUCAUUGAAAAGGCAGGUUUGUACAGCUUAGUGGGUUUGGAAAACGAGGCUAUGGUUCCUUUAGAGUUGCCUCCAAAAGAUGUAGCUGUGGAGGCUUUGAAGUGUUUGUGCAACUUGGCCUUCAACAGUGAAGUUGCGCGUGCACUUUGUGCACACACAAGCAUUGCUCAAGGUUUGGUGGCACGCCUAAGAGUCUAUAAAGACAUCCCAUUUAAAGAAGAAAUCAUGCUAUUUGAUAUGAAGUUGCUCUUUAUACUGACUGCUCUAAGACAUGACAUCAGAUCCAAAAUAAAAGACGAGUUGCAUGGUAUGGACUACUUGAUCAGUUGCUUGAAUGAACUUGUUUUGGAAGCUUCAGAGCAAAAUAAGGACUUUGAUGCUUCAGCAAGUGGUGGACCGGAAACUGAUUUCUGCUUGCUGCAAGAUCACCAGCAAGCCAUUGCUUGUGAGAUACUGAAGACACAGUUUAAUUUGAUAAUCCAGUGUGGCCCCGAGGAACCCCUUGACGAGACAGAGGAAGCCAUGUUCCUGAAGCUGAUGCCUGUUCUCACCACUCUGCUUAACACCCGCACUUCUAAUGAGGAAAAACUUGUUGAAUUGCAUAGUAACAUUGCUAAUUUAUUGACAAGUGUACCUUCAAUAUUUUAUCCAUAUCUAACACCAGAGAUGAAUAAGAAUGAAACUGCAGCAAAUGUCUAUGAUGAAAGGAACAUGGAUGCCCUACAAUCACUUGUGCAAUUUCUACAUUAUAAAUUAUCAAACACCACGAACACCAAAAACCAGUAUGAGAAUCUGUCUCCCAUACUAACAGUGUUAGUGAAGAGUGCUCGUGGGUCGCGUUCACAACGCAAGUACCUGAGGCAGGUGGUCCUCCCGCCUCUCCGCGACGUUUCCCGCCCGCCGGAGAUGGGGAGCACGCUUCGUAACCAGCUGUGCAGACUGUUGACCACGCCUGUCACGUCUGUCAGGGAUCUGGUUGCGGAGUUCUUGUUCGUCUUGUGCAAAGAGAAAGUGAGUCGCAUGGUAAAGUACACUGGUUUCGGCAACGCCGCCGGUCACCUAGCGCAGAAGGGCCUGCUGGGCGGCGCGCGCGGCGCCCCGUACUCGUCCAGCAGCGACGACUCCGACACCGAGGAGUACCUGCAGGCGCAGCCGCACAUCGACCCUGUGGUGGGCUGCACAAGGCCGCCAAGGGCCAACCCUUUCCAAGGCAUGACAGAAGAACAGAAAGAAUACGAGGCCAUGAAGCUGGUGAAUUUGUUCGACAAAAUGGUGUCAGAGGGCGUGGUGAAGCCGGCGCGAGUGGGUCCCGACGGGCGACCGCAGGCCGUCGAUCACGUCAUGGAAUUGCUUGAACACCAGCCGAAUAGAUCGCAGUCCUAGGUUGUGAUGUUAUUCUGAGUAAACAACUGCGCCUCUUUAAAAAAAAAAACAGAAUAAAAAAUUCGCACUGUCCAGUAAUGUUAAAACAACACUGGCGACGAGAAACUUAUGUUUGAAAUUCGAAAGAUCGAUUCUGAAAAGAAGAUAAAUUAUUCGGCCGUGUUAUAUGAUAAUAUAUUAGUGAGUAAAAGCCAAAUGUAGUAGACAAAAUUUGAAUUAAUUUUUAAUGUAGUUCAUCUUCUUAUUGUAGUUAUAUGAAUAGUGUGAACACUAGACUUUGAUGUAGGCAAUUUAAUUUUGGAUGUUUCAUAAAUUUUCUUCCAUCUUAGUCAUUCUUGUGGUAAUUUUUUAUUUCAAUUAUAAAAUCAGAUUUUAUUAUAAUUUUUGUAUUAACAUAAUUAUAAAGACAUUAUACUAAAAUGUUAAGAUAUUUAACACGUGUGCAUUUGUGUAAGGUAAAAAGUGUAGAUCAGAACAGAUAACUUAAUUUUAUAUUUUAUCAUGAGUAAAUGUAGUAGGUAAAUUUAUUUUAUCAAAACAUGUAUUAUUCGCUAAGUAUUUACCACAAGACACUGCAAUAAUUAAUUCACGACAAAAUAAACUUCAAACAUUUAUAAAAUAUUCAUUUAUUUUUAUGAAUCGUUUUUUAUAGCCCUUCAAAGAAUAAGCUUUUAUAUUAUUUUGUACAAUGCUAGUGAGAUUACGAGGUAAUGUAUAAUAUUAUUUAUUUAAUUAGAUUCUAUCGAUAUUAUCUAAUAGAUGUAUUUGACCUGUUUUCUCUAAACAAAGAGCCUUUUAGUAAAUGUUAAACUUUACUUAAAAUGUUUGGGCGCUAGUGUAGAAAAAGAUAUCAAAAUCCUAGUCAUAUGUCAGUACCUAAUUAAAAUCUAUAUUUAAUGUCUGUAGGCAUUUAGAUUCCGAAUUAAAAAUUAUUUUCUGUUUUGUCAAAUAAAAAAACUUGAGUGACAUUUUAUUAUAAAAUCAUAUAAAAAAUGGAAGUACUAUUGUUUAUAAUAAUCUAUAAAUGAUCGCUGCCAUAUUUAUUUUCAAUCUUUGAUCUAGUUAUUAAUUUUUGUAAGUACUUUAUUAUAUAUACUGGAUCCUUACAAUAAAUUAUUCUUAUGAAUA